GAAGGAGGGAGGGGAAAGAGGCAAACCUCGAAUCGCUCAGCAGCCCGUGGCUGUUUUCUCCGAUCCUAAGAAGGUUCCCGUGUGGACCCACACUCGGGCUGGGAACAUCGCUUUAUCGGGGGAGCGAUGCAAGUCUCCAUAGCAUGUACAGAGCACAAUCUGAAGAGUCGCAAUGGUGAAGACAGACUUCUGAGCAAACAGAACCCCAGCGCCCCGAAUGUAGUCAAUGCGGCCCGGGCGAAAUUCCGGACGGUCGCUAUCAUCGCUCGAAGUUUGGGAACGUUCACGCCUCAGCAUCAUAUUUCUCUGAAAGAGUCAACUGCCAAGCAGACUGGCAUGAAAUAUAGGAAUCUUGGGAAAUCAGGACUCAGAGUUUCCUGCUUGGGCCUUGGAACAUGGGUCACUUUUGGAGGUCAAAUUUCAGAUGAGGUUGCUGAAAGACUAAUGACGAUUGCCUAUGAGAGUGGAGUCAACCUCUUUGACACAGCGGAGGUGUAUGCUGCUGGCAAGGCUGAAGUGAUCCUUGGAAGUAUCAUCAAGAGGAAGGGAUGGAGGAGAUCCAGUCUGGUCAUCACAACCAAACUCUACUGGGGUGGAAAAGCCGAAACGGAAAGAGGAUUGUCACGAAAGCACAUCAUUGAAGGACUGAAGGGGUCCCUGCAGAGACUGCAGCUAGAAUAUGUGGAUGUUGUUUUUGCCAAUCGACCUGACAGUAACACACCCAUGGAAGAAAUUGUCCGAGCGAUGACCCAUGUGAUAAACCAAGGAAUGGCCAUGUACUGGGGUACCUCCAGGUGGAGUGCUAUGGAGAUUAUGGAAGCCUAUUCUGUAGCAAGACAGUUUAACAUGAUUCCACCAGUAUGUGAACAAGCCGAGUAUCAUCUUUUCCAAAGAGAGAAGGUGGAAGUACAAUUACCGGAACUAUAUCACAAGAUAGGGGUUGGAGCAAUGACCUGGUCUCCCCUCGCCUGUGGGAUCAUCUCAGGAAAAUAUGGCAACGGUGUGCCUGAAAGCUCCAGAGCAUCCCUCAAGUGCUAUCAGUGGCUGAAGGAAAAAAUUAUAAGUGAAGAAGGAAGAAAACAGCAAACCAAACUAAAGGACCUUUCUCCGAUUGCAGAACGCCUGGGUUGCACCCUACCUCAGCUAGCAGUGGCAUGGUGCCUGCGGAAUGAGGGAGUAAGCUCUGUUCUCCUGGGGUGUUCCAAUCCUGAGCAACUUAUAGAAAACCUCGGUGCCAUACAGGUCCUCCCAAAGAUGACAUCACACGUGGUGAACGAGAUCGAUAACAUACUUCGAAACAAGCCGUACAGUAAAAAGGACUAUCGCUCCUAAUCGCUGCAUGAGGUGAUGGAAGUGCAUGGUUAAAAUAAGGGCCUAGACCCAGUUCAGAACUGUUCCAAUAUCCAGUCAUCCAAGUCACUUAGCAGCCCGCUGCUCAACCUCUAGCGUUCCUGGAAUCUCCGCGGCGUCCGCUGUCGCUACCACCGUGCACCAAUGUCGGAAAGCACACGCAAAAACUCGCCACCAACAAUAGCGAUUCUAUUUUCUUAUCUAGGACUGAAGCCGCCGCCCCGAUCCUUGCGUUUUUGCUCUGUGUACCUCAUGCUUGUGCAAUGAAAAGUAGAUGGAAAACAAAAAGAUUUAUAACCUUCAGGUAUUUGGUAACGUAAAGAAGGCUGUACAGAUAUAUUUUUUCAAAUGAACAAAAUCCAUAGAUGUGUUUGUGAGAAGCAAAAAAUGUCUUAGCUACAAAGUCUGGAUGAGGCUUAGGAAAUAAGAUUAAUUCAGGUCUUUUUUUCUUUUUUCUCUGGAAAAUCAAGAGUUUUCUUUCCCUUGGUCAUGAGCAAAGCUAUUUGUCUUUAUUAUAGAUGGGAAUCUCAAAAGCAAACACAGAAACACCUUCCCUUGAGGCAGAUGCAAUUUGUGCAUAACACAGUCUUAGAAGGUCCCUGGGGAGCACAGAGAGAUUAAGUGACUUCUGGGUCCUAUAAUUAGUAUCUCAUGCAGGACUUGCAUCCAAGUCACCAAGGGCAGCCUCUCACUUGUCUUUGUUACCUUUACUUUUAAAUAUCAGCUGUAGUUGUUUGGACCACCAUUGACUGUCUUCUAUACUUCUGUCAGUGUUCCUAUUCAGAUAUAAGUAAUUAUGUUCACUUACAGAUUAAAUGAAUAGUUGAUAAGAGAAUGAAUCAUAUCAUAGUUAACCAGAGAUGUGAUUGAUGGCAUUAUGCAAGAGAGGUAAAUGUAUGCUUCUAAGGAAUCUUAGUUCUGAAUAAAUCACAAAUCAAUGUAUCUGCAAAGUCUUCAUUUUGUCCAUUUUGUUAAAAGCUGUUCCAUACAUUUGACUGCUUGUAGGUAUACCUUCUGAAAGUUUCACUAUUUGAGCUUUUAAGAUAUACAUGUGCUCAGUUGCAAUUUUAUGCUAUAAAAUGCCCAGAAAAAGCAAAUGUUUAGUACUAAAAAUGACUUCUGGGGUUUUACUAUCAAUCUAAUGUUUAGUAUUUGGGGGAAGAUGUCAACAUGAAGCAGGUCAUGUAUUUCACGGAGGUGCUGGGUCACCUAGGCAAUGGAUUUUGGUCAAUAUGGAGUCCCUCACUGACCCAUUAAGAAACAGGUGAAAACUUCCUGAUGGCUCUGUAACCCCAAUAGGUGCAUUAAGCCAUUGUAUGCAUGAGAUACAGCAUGGGCUAAAAGCAAACGGUUUGGCUGGGCACUAGUCGACCUUGAAUUUGAGUUGUGGUGAAUCCUGUUGCUGAAUCAUCUAUUUUAUUCUUCUAUAGUAUCGCAUCUGCCACUUGUAGCCACUUAACAGAGAUGCUGUGAGCUCCCGCCUAUCCCUCAGAGGGAAGGAAAUCUGUGUUUUGGCUGGUGGCCCAUUAAUGAUCAGACCACCAGAAAAUACAAAAUUUCAAUCCUUAUUUUUUCAGCGACAGGACCAUGUUCCUUUUACAUGAAAUACUUUGAACCCAAAGAAUGUAGAAUUAGUAUAGACUUGUAUUAACGAUCAUUCACAGAGAUGAGUGGUUCAAUGCUAAAUCUUAAAGGGUGAACAUGGAGCACCAACAAUUUUUCCUUGAUAACCAUCAACUUGUAACUAUUCCAUGGAGAAAACGUUGUUCCCCAUUACCACCCUCAUCAGUAUCAUAAUAGUAUCAAAUUCAUGAUAAAAAUACCUUUAAAAUUCAUUUUGUAUUUCACCUGACGGUCUACAUGUGUAUAAGUGAGCUGUGGUACCUCGUAUCAGGAAUUGCAAUCUACUUGCUAAUCAUUUGCUUGGAGAUAAUAAAAGUAUUUUGUGCA